ACAUUUGUGUGUCCAAAGCCGACAGACGAAAUGCCUGACCCACCGAAAGUGAAAGUGGCCAAGAAGGGCGCCAAGAAAGCCGUGUCCAAACCUGCAGGCAAGGCGGGUAAGAGGCGCAGGAGGUCGAGGAAGGAGAGUUACGGCAUCUACAUCUACAAAGUGAUGAAGCAGGUUCACCCCGACACCGGCAUCUCCUCCAAGGCCAUGAGCAUCAUGAACUCGUUCGUCAACGAUAUUUUCGAGCGCAUCGCGGGUGAGGCUUCCCGCUUGACUCAUUACAACAAGCGGUCGACCAUCAGCUCCCGGGAGAUCCAGACCGCCGUGCGCCUACUGCUGCCCGGGGAGCUGGCCAAGCACGCCGUGUCGGAAGGGACAAAGGCGGUGACCAAGUAUACCAGUUCGAAGUAAACAUUCUCAAUCCUGAUAAACCGAAAACCCAAAGGCUCUUUUAAGAGCCACCCA